AUGCAUUUUAGACUGACCAUGGAGCAGCUGCGAAGGCUUUUAGACGAUGAUAGACUGAACGUGCGAAGCGAAGAUGAAGUAUUGGACAUAAUGGAGGCAUGGAUAGAUGCUUGCGAUGGGCGUCAGGACAGUCGCGACAAACUACUUGGAGCUGUAAGAGUUGAUGGUUUAUCAGCUGAAAAGAAGAGCAUUUUUGUGGCAGAAAAUCGUUUACAACUUCUUUGUCAGAAAUCCGUACGUCCACCACGCGAUCAGCUAGUAAUGUUCGGUGGAUGGUACGGCGGAAGAACUCAUUCGCGAAUAGACAUCUACGAUGAGGUGAAUGUUGAGAUGCACUACCCCAUGCUUACUUUAUCGGUUCAGAUGAGAAAAGAGUGGAAACCGCUAUGCGACCUUAGCCUCAUCCAUCCUAUUGCUUAUCACGGCGCCGUGGUUUUGAACGACGAACUUUAUGUCAUUGGUGGCACUGAUGGUGAGAACCACUACAGCACUGUUAUGAAAAUGAACAUGUUUGGCGAAUGGACGGAAGUAGCGCCGAUGUACGAAACAAGGUAA